UGCGCCGCUAUCACGAAGAAGAACUUAGAAGUUGUAGCUAUGAUAGACAAAACAACUUCCAUACUAUUUCUACUGAUCGCUUCGAGUGCAGUGCUGGUGCAAUGCGAGGAGAACGCAACCGACAGUUUUCUGCCACUGAAGAAAGCCGAGCAUUGCGAUAUUGAGCAGUGUCAGCUGCCGAAUUGCCGUUGCUCGGGCUUACGUUUACCCAGCACCGACUUUAAGGGACACGAAAAGGAAAUACCACAGCUCAUCACGGUGACCUUCGACGAUGCUGUGAAUGUCGUUAACUACGAUUAUUAUCAGAAGUUGUUCGAUGGGCUCGUGAAUCCGGAUAACUGCAGUGCGCGCGGCACCUUCUACGUCUCGCAUGAGUACACCGAUUAUACCCUCGUGAAUGCGCUCUAUCAGCAGGGUCAUGAGAUAGCCUUGCAUUCCGUUACGCACGGCACCGGCACGGACUAUUGGCGCGACGCGGAUGUGGAACGUUUGAUGGCCGAGUUUGGUGAACAAAUUGAAAUGUUGGUGAAAUUUGCAAAGGUGAACCGUAAGCACAUACGCGGCAUGCGUUUGCCUUUUCUACAGAUCUCCGGUAACAAUACCUACGAGGCUGGUAAGCGUUUAGGACUGCUCUACGAUAGCUCUUGGCCAACACAGCGUUACACUAGUCCUGCUAUGUGGCCGUACACGCUCGACUAUCGUUCGAGACAAGACUGUCAGAUUGGUCCGUGUCCGAAUGCUGCGAUUCCAGGUUUCUGGGUUAGUCCAAUGGUUUCUUGGUUUGAUACUGCCGGCUAUAGUUGUGCUAUGAUAGAUGGUUGUAUUUAUCCGCCGAAGGAUGAUGUAGACGCUAUGUUUAAUUGGAUGAUGGAGAACUUUAAGCGGCAUUAUGAUGGCAAUCGUACUCCGUUUGGCAUGUAUCUGCAUGCGGCUUGGUUCCAGCGUGGACGGCAUUAUUUUGAGGCUUUUAGAAAAUUCCUUCUUCACGUGAACACUCUUCCAGACGUCUACCUAACAACCGUCUCUCGCGUCAUACACUACAUGAAGCACCCGAACUUGGGUAAACCCUUCAUGGGUUGUCCGAAAAAACCGCAGGCUACAUGCAUAAAGCGCAAUUGUGGACUUCGGAAGAUGGAAACCGGCGAGAUACGUUAUAUGAAUGUGUGUGAUUCUUGUCCCUCCGUUUAUCCCUGGUUGGGCAAUCCGCUCGGACGGAACGAAUACUACUAGUUUGCGAGUUGGCACGAAGUCAAUGAUUGCAGUGAGUGGCCAGUUACCGCAGGUAAUGUGUUCGACUGAAGAGGUUAUUGAAAGUAUUUGAAGGCGCCGAAGUUUGUUGCUCAAUAAAACUGAUUUGAAAACGCA